UAGCAAAUUAACAAUGUCCCAUUACCUCAAUAUCUCAUAAAUCUAGUUUUUCAUUACAGUAAAACAGAAACAUGAGUUCCCUUCAUUCAUUUACAAGCACAAAUCUGACAGAACCAAUCCCUACCACCAACUACACCUAAAACCUUAAAAAGGGCCGCAAAAAUGAACUAGAAACAUAGGGGGGAAAUUUUAAAAUACUAAUUGAACUAACACUCCCAUAACCUAAUUGCAGCACCAGAAAACAGUCGCUGCUUCUUUUGCAAAGUCAUGUAUCUUUCAUUUCUACACCAGUUCACUUAAAUUCUCUUGAUCAAAAGGCAGGAGCAGCAGGGGACGAAACAGUGCAAGGUUCCUUUAUCCUCAUCCAUCAUCAACCAAAGAAAUCCUGAACGCCCCUCCCAGCAAAACCCGGUCAGAAAUCUCAGCCAAAACGGCAUUAACAGUGAGCAAAACGACACUGGAAGAACAGUUAUGCGGCUUGUUGAAAACUAGAUCUGGCCCACUGCCUCUUUAUAGAACUUUUGAGGUAUGUAUGACUGAGCUACUGAUUUAGUUCUCUGUUUAUACGACGGGGUAGAUUGUUCAAUUGCUAUAAGAAAUGGUGGAGAAACUUAUAAAAAGAUCAAUCCAUGAGGCCGAAAACCCUAUUGAGAUCACUCUGAGAGAGGCUUUCUGUGUUCUUGAACCUAAACUAAGACCCCCUUUUCCUUUAACUAUCCCAACUCAGGAAGGGUACACAAACUUAAACAGCGCAAUUCUUUAUGGCAUUUUAUGUGAACCCCACAUGGCUAAAGUUCACGUCAAGCAUUUACAUGGCAUUAUCACUGAUGGGUACGAGUAUUUCACGAGCAUCCUUGUCAAGAUUGUGAUUGAAUUAUAUGGAAAACUUGUUGAUUCUGUGAAAAGGCAGUUGAUUUGGGUGACACAUGAGAUGGUUGAUGUGUCAGCAGUCGGGUAUGAUGGUUUGCUAGUGGCCCUUUUGAGGCAGAUUGUAGGUGGGGAUUUUGGUGAGGAGAACCUGUGGUUGUGUUUUGAGAUGGUGAACCUUUUCUCAAGCAAAUGGGUCUGUUUGCUAGAAGAGGUCCCCUUGGUUUUAUCUGGUGCUUUAUAUGUGUUUCUGAGGUUAUUGGCUGAUCACUGCAGGGUGAUGAAUAUUCCGAAGAUUGAGUCUUUGAGGCAAAUGGAGAUUGCUUUUUGUGUCAGAAUGUUGAGAGAGAACUUCUCUUUGUGUUUGAGGAUUGGGAGGGAUCUUGUUAGGCUUUUGCAAGAUUUGGUUCAUGUACCGGAGUUCCGUUCCAUAUGGAAAGACUUGUUGUAUAAUCCAAGUGCCUUUAAGGUUGAUGGAUUUGUGGAUAUUUCGCAGAUGUAUGGUACACGGACUUCGAGAUGGUACUUUUUGCUUAGGAUCACCCCGGAAAUGGAAUCUCAGUUGAGGUUUUUGCUGACUCGUGUGAAGUUUGGCAGCCAAAAGCGCUACCAGGUUUGGUUUGCAAGGAAGUUUCUUGCUGUACCUGAGAGGAAAGGUGUAGUUAUUGACAUUGUAAGAUUUAUAUGCUGUGCGCACCAUCCAUCGAACGAAAUUAUCCAUUCAGAUAUUAUACCCCGAUGGGCUGUGAUAGGUUGGUUACUCAAGUACGACUUGAAGCACUAUGUUGAAGCAAACUUGAAACUUGCUUUGUUUUAUGAUUGGAUCUUUUUUGAUGAAAAGGUGGAUAAUAUUAUGAAUAUUGAGCCUGCCGUUCUUCUGAUGGUGCAUUCCAUCCCUAGAUAUAUUGACAUUACACAUUCUCUUCUUGAAUUUUUGUUUAUUUUGUUGGAUAACUAUGAUGUAGAGAGGAAGGAGAUUGUGAGUCGGGGAAUAUCAACAGCUUUGCAUGCACUUACUAGAAAAGGUGUGGUUCAAUCACUAGACGUUUUAACUAGUUGUGAUAUGCUUUCUCCAAUUUUCAAGGAAAGGCUAGGAAAGCUGCUAUCAGACUGGCAGUUCCAGCAUCGCAAGGAGUUUCAGAGUACCAACAUCCCACCUGGUGGUAUUCCAUCAUCUUCUUCAAGUCUGGAAUCUCAGACAUCUGCGUAAACUGGCUUCAAAGAACUGGUUGCAGUAUUAAUGUGGAUAAAGCUAAAAUCUAUGUCACUCUUACCCUUUCAAAGAAUUGGCUGUGAUUUUGUCCACUAGCAUUGUCCAGCAGCCAAAAAUCUGCUGUAAAUUCUGAUUGAGCACGUGGUAAUUCUGAAGCACGGAGGAUAAUGUUAUCUUAUUUAAUUGAACCUUAUCAAAAUAUGCUUAUAUUCUCUGUUGAAAUCAUAUUACUGUCGUUACUCUUACUAUAAAGGUUGUUGUUGUCUCCUAACUUAUUGAUUCCUCUUAAACUCAUUCUUUUACAUACUGCUUACCAGUGUUUCAUGGGUAGUUGUUGAUGCAUGUAAAGGUUCUUGGAAUUUAGCAGACUGAUGUAGAACAUUAGUGAAUACUUUUACUUAAUCUGUUCGGUAUUAAAUGAAGAGUUUCUGGAGUUAUCAAUUUCCUGAACAAGUAUCUGUAGACACUUCUGCAGAAGAGAUGUAUAUGCACACACCGAAUAUUGAAGAAGUGUGCCUCAGCAUUUGGUUCCAUUUAAGAUGCUGAAGUUUUAAUUUGCUUGGAUGUUAGGCUGAGCUGAGAGCUAGUUUGUUUGAAGCAAUCGAAGAGGAGGAUAAAGUAAUAGAGAAAGAAGAAGGUUUGCCUCCUGCGCUAUUGGGUAGCUGCAAUGAACGGGCAAAGCAACUCCAUAACUCACCUUCAGGAAGGCUUCUAACUGCACUAAUAUGUGAAUAUUUGGACUGGGCUCAAUUAAAUCACACAUUGAAAGUCUACCUUCCAGAGUGUAAUUUGGAUUCCUGGAAAAAUGAAUUAAAAGAAUUCAGCAACAAGAAUGGAUAUGACCUUAAUCGGAUUGGAGACAGCGGGCCUUUGCUUUUGGAUGUUCUUGAGGGGUUUUUGAAGUAUGAGAAUUUGACUCAAGGAAGGGGUAGCAACAGGAGAUCAACCACUCCUGAACAUGAAUCUCUAUCAAACAUGGAAGGUAGAAAUAUUAGGAGGCCUUCGCCGUCAUCAGUUGCUGGGGGUCUACCUCCACUAUGAAGGCCUGUUCCUGUUUCACAAUCAUCUGAUCGAAGAGCUGGGUAAUCGACAUCUGGCUAUAGGAAAGAUGAAUACAAUUGGAGAUACAACACCGAUGAACUUCCUGAUGAUGUAGUUCGUGCUUCUGCUGCUUUAGAAAAUUUUGCAGUUGGAUAGAAAAACUCGUCACUUGACCACAUCAUGGAGGCAUGCAGGGGAUGGAAUUUCUGAGGAAGAUAGCAUGGGGUAGAAAUACCCCUUCUAACGGAACGAACUUUAACUUAGUUAUCUGGAUUUUUUAUUAAUCCAACAAUAUGUUGUUCGCGUGCAAGGUGAAUAUGUGCUCAUGUAUGCUACAAAUUUGAUGAUACCUUUCUGUAUUCUCUUCAUUUUCUUUCUCACCUCCCACCCGGUUCGUUCUCACUCUCUUUAUCUAUUCUGAUGUUACAUCGAGAGCUAGUCCGAAGACAGGUUCUUAUUUUUUUUCCGUAGGAUGUAAAGAUUGAAAAUUUAACAUUAUCAUGAUUAUCAUGAUUAUCAUCUGUGGUAGAUGUCAUCGGUCAGGCUUAUAUUUGGCUGCUUACAUUGAUGUAACUAUUCCAUCAUUUUUCCUCCAAGAGUUAAUUUUAAUGUAAUACAGCAGAUGUUGGAGAAGAUGAGAUGAGUGGAUGGAUGUGUUGUAUUUCAGUUAA